GUGACGGCAAUUGUGCCCAUUCACCAUUGUGAAGCGGCACAUGAUUGUCUUCUGUACCCUUCUAAUACGUGUUGCCCCGUCUUAGCUGUUACACUAUUGUUCACUACAGUUUGCAAAAUAUACUACUGUCGAUCAAUGCUACAUACAAACCCCGUGGCCUAGUGGGAAGCUCCAUGUUCGAUAGUUAGCAUAGUUAGCGUGAACUAAGGGCGCAUCGAUCAUGAGUUUCUUAAUUAGGACCUUGAUCAAUUCCCAUUUCCCAAGUCUUCUCACAUCUGGCUAAGUACAGCCAAGUUCAGACCUGCAGGCUCCCUUAAUUAAUUAGUAGGAUCUCGAUCGGCGCCCAAGCCUUCUCACAGCUAAGUCUUGUUAACAGUUAAUCAAUAACUGGCCAGUUGAUCCAGAGCUGGCUGAUAGUAGCUAGCAACUCUCAAGCAUAUUUAGACUUAUGAAUUGAGUUGUUUAAGCCAGCUGGGAUGGUAGGUCAGACUAACUGUUCGCGUGUCGUUCUUAUCUAUCUGAUCACAUGCAUAUACCCAUCCAUCCCCAUUUGACAUUUGAUGAUCAACUGGCUGGCUUGCUGGACUAAGAUAAUAAUUGGUGCGGAUGUAGAUCCUACAUCCAUUGAAUCUGCGAUAUGAUGUCUAGACAGCUUGAUAUUGGACAAAUUAAUGGAUCAACUCGGCCUGUUUGAUUAAGAUAUUGGUCUCUCGCCGUCCAGAUUAAUUGAAUUUGUAAUAUUAAGUCCAUAGACCUGUAAUGUGAUGUAAGAGCAGCUAGCUACUGGACACAUCAAUUAGUUAAUAAAUUCGUGCAAUAGCCAGUACUUGUUGCGUGUUUAACAAAACGGACUUAAUUCAUCUAGCUUGCGAGUCUUGUUUGAAGAGUAUGACACACUACUUGGUUGAUUGGAGACACAUUCAUUUAUUGAUUAAUUAACAUGUAUGACAGCUAGCUGAGGUAAUAUAUCUAGACACUGCAGCUGGCCGCUGUCUUAACGUGAAGGUUCCAUCAAUCGGCUAAAUCAAUGAGUUUCUUAAUCAGGAUCUCGAUCCAAGUCUAAGUUCUCUAAGCAGCUGUCAAGUUUUUUUUUCUUCGAUCUAUAUGAUAAUUUAUAAAUUGGGCAUCUUGCUCCACUAGCUAGCUUUAUAACCCCGACCCAGAUGCUACCCAAAUCAGUUGCUUGCUUCAAUUAAGUAGCUAGACAACAACCACACAACCUAGUAGAGGCGGAGAAACCUGGAAAUUAGCCAUGGCGGAGUUCGCACUUGGAUUGACCAAGACAGCGGUGGCGGGGACGGUGAGCAAGGUGAAGUCGGCGAUCGAGGAGGAGACAAAGCUGAGGGUGCGUGUGCAGGAGGACCUGGUGUUCAUCACGGGGGAGUUUGAGAUGAUGCAAUCCUUCCUGAACGUCGCCAACGCAGAGCGCGCCAACAACCAGGUAGUGCAGACAUGGGUGAGGCAGCUCCGUGACCUGGCCUUCGACGUCGAGGACUGUGUUGAGUUCGUGAUCCACCUCGACAAGGCGUCACGCUGGGACUGGGUGCGGCGCCUGACCUCGUCCCUUAUCUGCAUGGCAAGGCCGCCGUUGCCCCUGGAUGAAGCGGUCGAGGAGAUAAAGCGGCUCAAGGCAAGGGUAGAGGAUGUAAGCCAGAGGAACACCCGCUACAACCUCAUUGGUACCAGCGGCAACGAUGAUGGCUCCUCAAAUCAGCAACUUCAGCCAUUUAUGCGUACUAGUUGUACAUCGGCAACAAUGGCGACAUUCCACGACCUAAGGGAGGUUUGGAAGGCCAUGGGAAAGCUUUGCGAUCGCCCCUGCGAUCUGAAAAGGUUGAUCGAUUGCCAAGGCAGUGAGCUCAAAGUGAUCUCCCUAUGGGAAAGUACGCAAGCUGAUGUUGUUGCGGAACUCGGGUGGGCAAGUAUUAUGAAGAAGGCAUACUAUGACCCAGAAACUUGCCAAGAAUUCAAGAAUCGCGCCUGGGUAAAGCUGAGCACGCAUCAUCCUUUCAACCCGGUAGAGUUCCUCAACAACUUGCUGACUCACUUCACAUCUAACCACCACCACCACCAUGAUAAUAUGUCCAAGCUCGCGUUGGAAGUCAGCCAGCAUAGGUAUCUCAUUGUCUUAGAGCAAGAAUUGUCCAGUGUCGCAGAGUGGAAUGCCAUUAGAAUGUGCCUCCCAGAUGGCGAAAACGGCAGUCGGAUUGUCGUCUUCACCAAGCACUUGGGAAUUGCCCUUCUCUGUGCUGGGAACCCCUACCAAGUAUCAGAGCUUAAAUGCUUCUCUCAUGAUCGAUAUCUUUAUGCCAUUUUUCCCAAGGGUUGUGGGCAUCACAUAGGCUUUGAUGAAUUCAUUUGCCAAAUAAGACGACAGAAUGGUGUUAUUAUCUCCUUAUUCUGGGAGGAUAUUGAUGUGAAACGCCAGUUUAUGAAUAUUUUUUAUGAUGACACCUGUAAGUUGAGAGUACCUGACUGUUUGAGAGUACUUGACGGAGUGAAAUUUGAAAACUGCUACCAGUUUAGCGUUACUGAAACAUUUCUAGGCACUCGACUUCGAGAAGCUAAGCCACCACCGUCCAGGCUGUCUGACUUGGCUCGCAACGCUUGGACCUUACUUAUUGAAUCUUACCCAGAACAGGAAGAGAACGAAGCAUAUGAUGAGCUCUGGGAAAUGGAUGACGAGGAUAUAUUUGAAAGGUGUCGUAAGCUUUUAACUGAACACGAUUACCUCCUCAUUAUUGAUGUGGAGUCUCCCACGGGAUGGAACUUCAUAAAACAACACCUCUUAUGUGAGUCUACUAGAGGUAGUAUCGUUGUUAUGACAGGUCAACAAUGUGUGGCCACACAUUGUGUAGAUCAUAUUGAAUAUCGGGCGCUCAACCUCACAGAUCAGAUUAAGGAUUUUGAUCAGCAAGACCAUUCUGUACACACAGAUGGAGGAGGUGACAUAGAGGAAGAAGACAAAUUUGAACUUGGUAUGCUUGUUGGGCGUGAGGAUGACAUGAGCCUCCUCCUCCUGAGGAUUAGUGUGCACUCGUGUGUGUCCGUGUGGGGUAUUCCUGGUGUUGGGAAAUCAGCUAUCGUCAGAGAAAUGUACAAUAAUUGCAGACACGAGUACAAAAGGUAUGGCUGGGUGGAUGUGCCACAUCCGUUCAAUUUGACAGACUUGUCUCGAAGAUUGCUUAUGGAUCUUUAUUCGGAUGAUGUUGAUGCCAAGGAAACUUCACUAAUUGGUAUGAUGGAAGGCCAAGACCCUGUUCGAGAGUGUUGUAAAAUUCUGCGUGCAAAAAGAUGCUUCAUUGUUAUUGAUGGUCUGCGGUCCACGCAUGACUGGGACUUGAUUAAAGCAACCUUGUUAUCUCAUCCUAGUGGUAAAACUAUAGUCAUUACACGUGAAGAAAGCAUUGCCACACAUUGUACAUCCAUACAAGAAACCGAAACUCUCAACAUCAAAUGUCUGGAAGUUGACAUGGCCCUUGAUCUCUUCGAAAAGAAAACUUUGGAUGGCAAGCUACCGUCUCAGCAUUACACCGAGGCAGAGGCGGCUUUAAGGAUUACCAUGUCCAAGUGUGGCGGGCUUCCAGAAUUAAUAGUUUCUAUAGCAGAAUCGAUCUGCUUACUCGUACAGGGCAGUGAGUUCUCUGAGGUCUUGGAGUUUCUAAAUGCUGACUUCAUGAAAAAUUUGGGGAUCAAUCCAUCUCCUAAGACAAGGGGCCUGCUUUGUUGGAUGCAAUCCUACUUUGAUGCUUGCUCAGAUGAACUCAAGCCAUGCAUCUUCUAUAUGUCAGUCUUCCCUACAGACCAAAGCAUUAGACGGAGGCGUUUGCUCAGGCGGUGGAUCGCGGAGGGCUACUCAUCUGGUGGUGAUGGCACCAUGGAGGAGAAGGGAGAAAAGCUCUUGUCUGAGCUCACGAAGUUGAGCAUAUUAUACCAGGAGCAGCAGACAUCAUCAACCUACAAGGUCAAUGGUUUCUUCCUUGAAUACAUCAAGUCACGGCCAAUGGAAGAUAACCUUGUGUUUGCACUAGACGGGACAUGCAGCCCCAGCCCACGACUCACUGGACAACACCUCACCAUAAGCAGCAGCUGGGACAGAGAUGAUAUUGUAUUCAAGAGCAUGGACUUGUCACGGGUACGAUCAUUGACAGUGUUUGGGGAGUGGAGGUCAUUCCUCAUUUGUGACAAGAUGAAGAUGCUUCGCGUGCUUGAUCUGGAGGGCACUAGUACAUCAGAUAGUACUAGUGUAACAGAUGAUGACCUGGAGAAGAUCGGGAAGCAGUUUCCUCGCCUCAAGUUCAUGUCCCUGCGAGGAUGCGUGCACAUCACUCGUCUCCCGGAUUCAUUGUGUGCCAUGAGGCAGCUGGAGACUCUGGAUGCCAGGCACACCUCCAUAGUCGAGCUCCCACCUGGUAUCAUCGCCAAAUUACACAAACUGCAGUACAUUCGUGCUGGCACCACCGAAACAAGACGACUCGUCUUGCUACCAGGGGCAGCAGCACCGGCAGGAACGCCAUCACCACCAGAACCACAAGAAGAUGGUCAUCAUUCCACGAGCCCUACCGUACGAGCCGAAGCAGCAGCAUCAUGGGUGGUCCAGGGGGCAUCUUCAGGGGCAUGGAAGAAGAGGGCAGGUGGUUUGGAAGAAUCCUGCAGCAACUGGUGGCUGUCCAAGAAUCAGCUGAAUCUGCGUAGACGCAGGCGUGUUGAUGCAAAUGGUGGUGGUGUUGAGGUUGUUCCCACUGCUUCAGAGGGGAUUGGGAAGCUGACGCAGUUGCAUACACUUGGUGUUGUAAAUGUUGCAUGUGGAAAAGGCGGCUUCCUCCUCCUCAAGGAGCUAAAGAAGCUUACCCAGUUGCGCAAGCUUGGGUUGUCCGGCGUCAACCGUAAAAACUGGCACGACUUGUGUUUUGUCAUCUCAGGUCACCGCCAUCUCCAGUCCUUGUCGCUGCAACUGUUGCUGCUGGAGGAGGACGGCAACUAUGACUUUGCUUCUUUCGACGACAUCUCCGUGCCGCCCAAGACCCUAAAACGCCUUAAGGUACUUUACACUACUGGUGCAGGCGCAGGCGCAGGUGGUGCAUGCAUAAGUCUAGUCUGGAUCAAGCAGCUUCCCAAUCUCAGAAAGUUUGACCAUAACUUGACGAUAUCAAGUCAAGAGGACAUAGACAUCUUAUAUAGCGAUUAUUAUGGAUCAAUGGGGCGUCAUCUUCGUGUCAAGCCAAUUCAGCAGCAACUAAGUUUUGAUAAGCAGGACCAAGUUUCUUAUAGGUUCCAUGUCGGCACCCUCAGGAUUGAUUGCAGGAGCAUCAGCUGUAAGGUUGAGUUUGGAGGUUCAAGGGAUAUGUACACUGAAGCACUCAACAUUCAUUGCUGCAGCUCUUGUGGUGGAUCAAGUUGUUUGCAGAUUGUUGGGUUACAGCAUAUAGGUGAGCUCAAGGAAGUCUUGGUAACGGGUCCGUGCAGCGAUGGUUUCAAGGAAGAAUUGCGCAAGCAACUUGAUGAGCAUCCUCUCAAACCUCAGCUGAAGCUGUUAACUUGCAGAUCGCACUAGUAGCAGAGUGUUUGUUAGAUUGUUUUAAUUUUCUGUUGGGCGCUUAGCCGCUUACCAAGCAGGCCGCUUGGUAUGUUUGUUAGAUUGUUACUUGUGUAUAUGUAAUAUAAAUCAGCUAUGCAUUCAUCCUCUUGCAAGUUUUAGCGUUUUAA